AUGCCUCCCCUCCCUCUUGACGAGCGCAUAGUGGUCAUUCAGCGCCCUAAAAACGUAUCCCUGUGCGAGAGUUCCCCACAAACCAUCCCACAGCAUUCCUCUCAAAUAUCAGCCUCUUCUAAUGGACGAAUCGCCCACCCUACUCAUCUCCACCCUUCACAGUCACAUUUCUAUUCACCAGCCUGUAAAUCUCUGACUCUGGAAUGCAAACGCAGAUCUUCCCGUGUGCAGAAAUCCAAGAACGACCAGCCUGUUCUACCAGCGGGGGUGAGACACAUCCCUAGCCACUGCCAUAGCAAUGGCACAGUAACACUCAGCCCACGGCUUCCCUCCCACACACAUACUAUUGAUAUCAGGGUGACUGUGGACAAAAGAGGACGAGGAGGAGGAAUCAGCAACUCGUUAGGCCGCAGCGGUAGUGUAAAAGGUGGCAGAGGGAAAUGUGUUUCUUCACAGUUUGACCAAGGACAAUGUGAGCGAAAAAGUGGAACCACAGAGAGGCCAGGUGGAGCAGAAAACAAAUCACAGCGAGGUCGCCAUAGUCAGCUGUCAACUUCCCCUGGAGGGGUCCUGCAGUUCGUCCCCGCUCAGACACAGCAGUAUAAGUUCAGGAGUGAAAAGGAGAAGGAAAACGGUAGGUUUCCUCAAAGAAGCGACCAACAAUUUCCUUCUCUAGGUCACAAGAAAAAUUCCAAACUGGGAACUGUUCAACAAAGCCAUAAUAGUCCUAGUCAACCCUACCACCAUAACUCCGUCCCUGUGCCCCAUGCUGCCAUCCUGAACUCCAACUAUCCCACAUCCCCUCCCUCCCAACCCACCAAUGUCCCAAUAUUGUUUCAGCAACUCAGCCAGCCCCACCUAUCCCGCUCCAAGGAUCACCGUCCCCACAUUCUUCAUGGUCUGCCCCUCUCCCCGUGCUCCUCCCAUGCCGGAGGGUUCCCCAGCCCGGACCACACCUGCACCAUUGACUGCACCCACCCAUUCAGUUGCGGCUGCUGGAGGUUGGUAAGAUGCAGAGGGUGUAAGGCAAACUCUGCUAACUGCCAAGGAGGGGGAGGAAGCUCUUCAACCUCAUUUUCCUGUGCUCACAAUGUUGGAGCAGUGAAGAGAGGAGGCAAAGACAUGGGUCUUAGAAAUCUGGGUGGGUGUCUCUCCACUGCCUCGACCUCCAACACCUCCUCUUCAAACAGCACUGUGUCGGACUGCCGAGCAAGCCUGUUCAAACCCCUCCGCUGUGCCUCCUGCUCUGGUGAGGCCAGAAACUUUGAGAGUCCUGCUAUCCUUCGCAAAAAACUGGUAGGGGGAUGCCUGCCAUGCACCCCUCUGUCCUCCUCAGCCCCUCUGCGGGCAAUACAGAGUUGUGUCACGGGUUGCAACCCCAAAGCCUCUCAAACAGGUAGUUCCACCUGCAGUUACUGCAGCAGUGACCCCAUAGUGGUCACAUUCAACCCUCGUCGAGGAAAACCCCCGGGAAGAGGCAUCGGUGCGGCACAUCCGAUGGGUAGGUUCCAAGCCGAUGAUGAUGACUACAGCGUGCGUACUAUCUGGCCUGAAGAACUGGCCAAGAAGAUGACCCAUUCUAAAGCCCAAAAUAACCAAUGUGCUGGAAUGGGAGCAGGAGUAGCGAAGACCUGUGCAAGUCAGGCCCAAAAUGGCAGUAAUGGAACGGGCCUUGUCCUCCUGGACUGUCAAAACCUCCAAGAAUAUGGGCAGUCUGAGCAUACAGACCACGCUGGCCGUCGGCGGCUUCAGCAGGGAAGAAUGGCUGCCCUUGAUUUUAUGGGCCGCAGGUCAGGAUCUGGCUAUGACGAAGGCUGGAACUCACUGCAGAGACUUUUGAAUAAAGCAGAAGAUGGAGGAAUGGACAAUGGUCUGGAGCAAGAGGGAGAUGCAGCAUAUCCUCGUUCCCCUUCUCCCCGCUCUGUCUCCCCGCCUUCUCCUGUGUCCUUUUCGCCUCCAACGUCUUCCCCGAACACACUCAUCAAACCACAACCCUGGCAGAGAGACAGGGAGGGAGGACACUCUCUGCCGACAGCUCAGUCCCUUCACCUAGCCCUGAACUCCCUGAACAGAGACCAAGAUGAAGAGAACAGCAGAAUGCACCUUUCUCUGCCACUCUCUUCGUCACUCCCGGCAUGUCUGUCUGAUGAGAGUUUGAUGACUCCUGACGCGGAGAACGCUGUGGUCAGUCCCAUCCUGCCCUUCCUGUUUCUGGGGAACGAGAGAGACGCUCAAGACCUGGACCUGCUGGUGCGCCUCAAUAUCGGCUACGUGGUGAACGUGACCACUCACCUUCCCCUCUACCACGUCAACUCUGGACUGCGCUACAAAAGGCUGCCAGCCACCGACAACAGCAAGCAAAACCUUCGACAGUACUUUGAGGAGGUUUUUGAAUUCAUUGAGGAGGCAUAUCAGAGUGGACAGGGAGUGUUGGUGCACUGCCAGGCUGGCGUCUCUCGUUCUGCAACCAUUGUCAUCGCCUACCUUAUGAAGCACACCCUCAUGACAAUGACAGAUGCCUACAAAUACGUGCGGAGCCGUCGCCCCGUGGUGUCCCCGAAUCUGAACUUCAUGGGCCAGCUGUUGGAGUUCGAGAGGGACCUCAAUUCUGGGGUGACCCCUCGCAUCCUGAUGCCUAAACUGAGCGGUGUGGAGACGCAGGUUAUGUGCCUGGUAAUAACUGGGUAUAAACAGCUUGAGCGAGUAAAAGAAAUCGGCAGAGAGGACUGAGCUGUUUCUCCAGGAGGCCCCACUGUGCCACAGAUGAAAGGAGACACCCCAGUGCACAGCAGCAUGAGCGUCGGCCAAGCCAGGAAACUGGUGGAGCAACUGAAGAUUGAGGCUAGUUUCUGCAGAAUAAAGGUGUCAAAGGCCGCAGCCGAUCUGAUGGCGUACUGCGACGCACACGCCUGCGACGACCCACUGAUCACCCCUGUGCCCACCUCAGAGAACCCCUACAGGGAGAAGAAGUUCUUCUGUGCUCUGCUUUGA